AGUGUUUCUCCAUGUUUGCUGUCCUAGCUGUUAACUUCAACCCAUCUUCAUGGCGUUAUUUAAAGCUAUUUUUCAAAAACAAACGCUACGUACAAUAGAUGGAUUGUUAUAUAGGAAAAGCUUACCAGCUGUCGUCCAACUUCUUUCAACAAAGAGUAUUAAUAAAGAAGAAAAGUACCAGACAGACAUCACAGAAUUGAAAGGCCGUCCAUGGCUUAUCCUUGCUUCUCCUGCAGAAGUAUCUCUUGUUUGCUCUGUAAGUGCUGAUUUUGAAAUGCACAGAGGAAUCGCAAGAGAUUUCAAAAAGAAGUUUGAAAAUAUUAAUGAACUCAAGCAACAAAAUAAAGUGGUUGGGCAAGCUGCAGUUUUAAAAAGAAAUGACACAAGUUUUGUAUACUAUUUACUUGUACGGAACAGAUGGUGGGAUCGAGCCACCCCCGAAGCAUUCCACAGUUCUAUCACAGACAUGAAAGAACAUUGCAUUAAACAUGGUAUCACUCAGCUAGCUAUUCCUAGAAUUGGAACCGGUGAUGAUGGGGUGAGCUGGGGUGUUAUCAAAGAUAUAGUAGAAAAAGUCUUUCAAGACACUGGUAUUACUAUCAAGGCUUAUACCACGCGAUAGAUAUCCUUUGACAAUACCUUAUUUGCACAUGAAUUGAAGUGUGUUAUAUUUUGUUUAUAAAAUAACUGUUAAUAACUGGUUGAAAGUGCGUGCUAUAUGGGAGCACACAGCAUGGGUGCGCAGUAUUUAUUUCGUCAUUUAUAACUAAAAUAACAGCUUUUCUGAUGUGUAUUUUAGAAAAGAAAUAUAAAAUUUGGUUGCGGUGUGUGCACUAAGACGCAUUCCACAACGA